GCAUGUUUUGCAGACAGAGGCGGACAAAGAGAGAGAGAGAGAGGAAGGAAGAAGACACUGGCAUCAUGGAGGACAGCAACAGUGGCCGAGGCAGCGGUAGCUGCAGCGGUCGUGGCAGUAAUGGGCGAGGAGGAAGGCGCAGAGGACAAAGGGGAAGGAGAAGGGGUCGUGGGAGCAGCCAAGGGAGUCCACAACAACACAUGCCGCAACAGCAUGCACCGAAACAGCCACAGCAACAGCCGCAGCAGCGACGUCGCAUUGCAAACCGAUACAUGCAACAGCAAGGGUCGUGGCGAAAGGGCGAGGAGACACAGGACACAGCAAGCUAUGAUGUCGUGGAAGCUGUGCCAACCAGCGCUGCACAGGAGGAACAUUCCCUUGCCGCGAACGGCGAUGGCGAGCGGUGGUGCAUGUUGUGCUGCCACGUCAAGGCGCGGUGUCAACGCAUGUGCGCCGAGACAGAGGUGGCCAUGCGCAUGGAGAUCCCGGACGUGGAUGCGUUUGAGAAGGGCCGCGAUGGCCGUGCAGACACAGCCCUGUUUGUGAAGCGGUACUUACGUGACUCGGUUGGCGCCAGUGCACUUGACGCAAACGCCCCGACCUCCGUUCGACCGCCUCUCGUCUUGUGGCAAACAAUGCUCCACCUUCAACGCCACGCCAUCUCGCCUCAGCUCCAGAACGCUCGCAGUGCACCAGACUCCAGGCUUGUGCAGUGGUUUGAGUUUGUGGAUGACCGGCUUCGGGCCAUUCGCAAGGAUGUCAGGUGCCAGUCGGCAGGAUACAGUCUAGCGGUGCUAUCGGUGCUGCGCGACAUGAUGACGUUCUAUGUGACGGCGUGGGUGCACCUGCGGCGCGUGAAAGACUUCUCCAUGGGGCUCGUGGAUCGCGGAUAUUUGGACACAAUGUCUCUUUGGCUGCAAUUGGACGAACGCCGGGCGCACGACAUGGCGCAGCGAAGCACAGCAGGCACACACUACCGCUGUCCCCGUGACAGUGCAGCAUGUAUCGAGGCACAACGUGAGCUGCAGGCACAGGAAGCCUCGAUCACAGCCCCAUUUCACGAAUACCUUCUCUACCGUCCAACCGAUUCGAUGACCAUGGCACAAGCCCAAUCACACCCUGGAAAACUCGCCAUCGCCUUGUCCCUCAGGGAUGCAAUAGCAGCACGACCAAGACCGGUACCAGUACUGGUCAACUAUGCCCGAGCCGCGCGCUUGUUGGCUGCAGCGUCGCCUAUUGCCCGGUGCUGUCUCUGCCGACACAUUGGCCACAUCCGGGCCACCAUCCUUGCUGUCGUGAUGAAGGCAUUUACACUCACCAAGUCACCCUCACGCAUCUCUCUCGACGCCAUGGCACGCCUGUUGCUGUUCGCAUUGCCCGCAUCCGCCCCAGCAGCAGGUGAUGACAGCAAUGACGCUGAUGAUCCACCCACCACCUCCGCUGCGCGUGCACAGCUCAGAACUUUUCUUGCCGCAUUUGGGCUAGAGUGCUCGGAUGAUGGUGACGCCGUUGUCCUUGAUCGCGCAAACUACAAACAACCGGAGUUGGACCGAGUGCCGUGGUCCACCCCGGUGUGGAUUGAUGCGCCCGCUACAGCAGCAUGACACCACGCCUGACCACCAUGUGUGUGUGUGUGUGUGUGGUGUGUGUGUGUGUGUGUGUGUG